GGCGACCUAGCAGCCUACGUAGUCUACCUUAGCAUUAGAAAUCUUCGUGCCUCUACUCGACAUUUAAACGAGCGUCCCGGGUUAAUACUGCUUAGUCUAAUUCCUAUCGUUAAGGAGGGAGAUGCAAUUAUAAGAGGUCGGAUAUUUUACUACUAUCUAGUAACCAUAUUUAAACCGGUAAAGCAGAUAUGUCUUUAG